AUGGCGACAGCUAAUAGUUCACAGUGCAACAUCUCUGGGUCCGUGUCCGAGAAUGGGAGCUUGUUCGGCUGCAUGGAGUCGGAUAUUGAACAGGGAGAGGUUCCAGAGCCAGCACACAAGCUGAUCGCAAACUUGGCUGUCGCUGAUUUCAUCAUGGGCGUCCGAGGAAUCCUCUUCGCACCAAUGACCUUUCUACUAAAAUUCACACCAAAGAUCAUAUGCGUUGUACACUUCAGUCUGGUUACGCUCGCGGCCGUUGCAUCAACAAAUGCUCUCAUCGCCCUCAACGUAGACAGGUACAUUGCAAUAUCGCGACCUCUACACUACUACCAGAUCGUCACACCGCGCGUUGUCUUGGUAAUGGUAAGCACGGUUUGGGGCUUUGCCUUCUUCAUGAGCGUGAUAACGACCGUUAGCAACCGCUGGGAGCCGGAUCUACCAUGCAUAUUUGACAUCGUUUUGAGUAGAAUAUCUGUCAUCUUAUUCUCGGUAUUUGUUUUGACGUGUGGCGCCGCCCUCGUCUCCAUCUACGCUUACAUGAUGAUGAUUGCCAAGCACCACCAGCAGCAGAUCCACCCGAACCCGAGCAACAGCGGUUCGCAGGAGGAGCCGGCACACAAGCUGAUCGCAAACUUGGUUGUCGCUGAUUUCAUCAUGGGCGUCCGAGGAGUCUUCAUUGUACCAAUAACCUUUCUAAUCGAAUUCCCGCCAAAGAUCAUAUGUCUUGGACACUUCACUGUGGUUUUGAUCUCGUCUCUUGCAUCAACAAACUCGCCCAUUGCCAUCAACGUAGACAUAACGUAA